GCUACAGAGGAAAUUGGCUCUCAGACCGUUUUUUUUCUUCACUUGAACAAUCUCAGUCUGCUCUGUGAGAAGUCCUCUGAGUGUCAGGACACUUUGUUUUUAAUGGGCUUAUAAUUCUACAGCAUUAAGGUGCCUGCUUUAACACGUUCCUGGACGAUGGCUGUCCCUGUCGUCAUGUACCUUUUGCUGGCUUCCAGGAUGCUUCUCUCUGUAGUGAAUUGUGACAGCAUUAACUUCUAUAAUAUCAGACCUCCUCUGGAUGCGACUCCGUAUCCCAAAAGCUUUAAGUGCUUCACAUGCGAGCAAGCCUCGGAUAACUACAGCUGUAACCGCUGGGCUGAAGACAAGUGGUGUCCUCAGAACACACAGUACUGCAUGACCAUACAUCAUUUCGGUCGACACGGGAAAACCAAGUUUGUAACGAAAAGAUGCGCUUCGUUUGAUGACUGUAACUUGACCGGAUGUCGACACCAUGGGAACGCACAUCACGUGGAGUGUGUGUCCUGCUGUGAGGGCAUGGCAUGUAACGUGGAGCUUCCCACUAAUCACACCAACGCCGUGUUCAUGAGGAUUCAGGACUUCAACUCUGCCACAACACGCAGCACCAGCAUCAAGACUCGCGUGUUUCUGCUAACUACAGCUCUUAUAGCGGCGUUACCUUUCUGACAGUAUCUUUAUAUCCUACUGGAUCAUAGCUAAAGGGCUUCUGGGAGUCUACAAGAAAGCAAAAAGCCCUUCCUUCAUCCUGAGUGUCGGACGUACAGUAUAAAAGCAGCCGAUCAUGACAGCGAAGCUGUCAGUGAACAAAUCCGAACCAAGACCCCGCGCAAUCAGAGACUUGACAUGCCAGUGACAUGCUAAACAGACUGAACAAAAGGUAUCAUUUAGCUCUGAGGGUGUUGCGAUGCUUCAUUAGGUUUGGAUCGACCCUGUUCAACGACACACACAAGGACGAGGGAUUCUGGGAUGGUGGGACGACCUCCGCUAUUGGCUCGGAGCCCAGAGACUGUCCCAGAAAAAUGCUAAGAAGAGGGAAACCGCUCUCUAAAGCAGAACUUUCUGGAGGAGAUCUGGCGUAGCGAAAGAGGACAAGUCACACUUUACGUGUGAUGAAGAGCGCUAGUAGAAGCGGUAAAUCGUUGGACGAUUUGAGGCAGUGAUUUAAGAGUUUUUAUAGCUGUAUUUAUAAAUAAAAUAUAAAAAAUACACCAUUAAAGAAAAGAGUAUUAAUACAAGGGGUGUUCUAGUCGAACCUGGAUGAAAUCUGUUGUGAAUGAAUGUGUAAAACCGACAGUUGAGACUCUUAGCUGCAGUAAAACAUUUGAACGGUACCAGCGUUUUAAAAGCGGGCCAAUGACGAUGCCGGCUGAGGAGCCCACUGCAGAUGUUCCUGUCAACACCUGAUCCUUGAAAAUCGAUGGAUAACUUGUCGACAACUUGCACAAGAGACAUUAAAGGAGUUCCUCGGAGGCCGGUGUUUCAGACAUGAAGCAAAAUAAAACCUUUUUCCUUGCUGGUAUCCAAAUACUAGUGAAGCACUGGGAUAAUUAGUGUAGCAGGGGAUUAUAUAGAGAAAUAAAGUUUUUACUCUCAAUUAAAAGUCCACGUUUGACUUGAACACUCGUCUCAUAUUAUAUACUGUACAUCCGAAAGGAUUUAAUUCAGCGCUGCUGUUAGGGUUCCACCUGCUUUCAUAAUGCAUUUCUCUUUUAUUUCUAUAUAAAUAUUAUUAUAAUACAUUCACAGCCUGUGCGAUCUAUACUGCAUUGACCAAAUAAUUUGUCCCUGUUUAAUAUUUACACUAUUUGUGAUAGGAUUUAUUGUUUUCCCUUCAUUCAUGUUAAAUCACAUACUGUAUAUAAUGGGACAAGAUUUGUCUUACCAGAUUCUCUCUGCAGUUUGUAAAAGUGUGAAUUGAAUGCAUUAAAAAACAGGAAAUGUUUAACCAUAAGGGUAUCCUGAUGAAAGA